CAAUGUACUGCUGACCUGUCGCUAAUUCAUGAAAUAAGAGGAAAGAUUCUUGUAACUCAUCGCCCUGUGCGCGCGAAGAGUUUCCAGCUCAGAACAAGCUACCCAGCGUCAAGCGGCAGUCCACAAUACUACACCCACAUUUCCCGAGUCAGAUUCUGAACCCCCGAGCCAAGCACCUCAGGUGUCAUCCAAGGCACAAUUCGACAACAUGAGUCAUGUUACAGGCGAUGAAAACAGCUCAAGCAGCGAGAACGGCUCAAUUGACCACAAUGUGCUUCAGAAACUACCUAAAGGCAGCCGCGUACUCAGAAUCCAAAGCCACGGCAUCAGUUUCUGGGGCUCCACCUACCGGAUUGACACCGAGCUCGCCGACGGGCGCCUUCUUUCCUUCUUCACGAAGGUUCUCCCCGGCGGCGAGCGAGCCCGGGACAUGGUGCGCGGCGAAUUCGAGUCCAUGAAAGCGAUCUACGCCGUUACGCCCGACUUCGCCCCCGAGCCGCUCGGUUGGGGACCCCUGCAAUCUGAUCCCGACCAGCACUUCUUCCUCUGCGAGUACCGCGACAUGAUCAGCGAGAUGCCGGAUCCCGACCAAUUCGCCGCGCGUCUCGCCGCCCUCCACAACAGUAGCGUCUCCCCGACGGGCCGAUUCGGGUUCCAUGUGGUCACGCACAAUGGCAACCUGCCGCAGAUGACGGAGUGGGAGGACAGCUGGGAGGUGUUCUUCGCGAAGAGCCUGCGGCAUGCGCUUGACCUGGAGAUCCAGGCCAAGGGUUCCGACCCGGAACUCGAACGCCUCGCGCCCGUGAUCUUCGAGCGGGUGAUCCCCCGUUUGCUGCGACCGUUGGAAAGUGAGGGUCGGUCGGUGAAGCCAGCGCUCGUGCAUGGGGAUCUCUGGUAUGCCAACUCCGGGGUGGAUGUGGAGACGAACCUGUCUCUGGUUUAUGAUGCUUGCUGCUUCUAUGCGCACAAUGAAUAUGAGUUCGGUCAAUGGCGCCCGAUCUGCAAUCGGUUUGGAGAAGAGUACCUCGCCGCAUAUCGGUCUUAUAUCCAGGUUUCCGAACCCGAAGAGGAUUAUGAGGGACGUCUCGACUUGUAUAAGUUGCGAUUUAACACCCACGUAUCUGCCCUCUUUACAGAUAACGAAGGGCUUAGAGUGCAGAUGUUAGGCGACAUGAAAGAUUUGAUUCAGAGGUAUGGUCAAGACCUCGAGACUACGCCACUAACUUGAGCCCAGCCUAUUAAUGAGAGCUAAUUGAGGUCAAUGAUAAAUAAGAGAGAAGCGACGGAACACAAUUGUAAACCGGUUCUAGGACCAGACAUGGACAAAAUUGACAUGACACGACAAGAACAUGAUUUGUUUUGGUUUUCAAAUUGUUAUUGAUUUCGUAGUAGGAAUGACAGGGGUUUAAACUUGGUGUCGGAGUCGCAGGGCGAUUUAGUGUCCGCCAUACACCAGACUUCCAAUUUAC